ACCGCUGCUGCUGCUUCAGCACCAGAACCCGGACAGCGGCGCCGCCCACGGGCAUGGACGGAGGUAGCAGCUGCAGCUGCUGCAGCAACCUGUCUUCUGGUCGGCGUCUGAAAGGCGAGAGCGGCCUGAGGGGAGAACAUUAGCCCCAGAAGACAGCUGCCGGGGCCGGUAGGAAGGACCUCUCCGCAGAUCCGGCUGGAACAUCUUCUCAGCACGCCUGCAUCAGGUCUCAGGUCAACGCCAUGGCCCCAGAGGCAAGCCCAGAGAGAAGCUGCUCCCUUCACACCUGUCCCCUUGAGGACCCUACGGGCACUGUGCCUGCACCAACAGUCUCUACUCUCCAGACUGUAGAUCCAACCAGUCCUUUAGCGGCUGGCCAUUUUGCCUUUCCUCGAGCUCCGCAAGAAUAUCAAGAAGGAAGCUCUCUACUAGGACCGGGAGACCAAGCAGCUCUAUGUGCCCAUGUCUCCAACGUCAGCACUUCUAUAGACCCCUCACAGCAUGAUGGGGUCUGGAAGCCACCUUCUGUGCAGCGCCAUGUGGUCAGUGUCAGGCAGGAGCGUACUUUCCGGAUGCCAAAGAGCUAUUCCCAGCUGAUUGCUGAGUGGCCAGGGGCUGUGCUGCUGUUGUGUGUGGCUUUCAUCCUCCUCUGCACCCUGGCUGGGAUGUUGGGAAGCCCGACGCCUGACUUUUCUGAACCUUUACUGGGCUUUGAGCCUCGGGACACAGAAGUUGGACGAAAGCUAGAAGUCUGGAAGGCACUGCAGGCCCUUACAGGCCCCAAGAAUCUGCUUUCCCUUUCCCCAGACCCUGAUAUCAACAGCUCAAACUUGCACAGUACUCUGAGUCCUGCAGCCUGGGGCAGGCCUGAGGAGAGUGUGGUCCGGACCAAGAGGAUGGUAGAGCCCGUGGAAGAUAAGGAAGAGGAGAACUUCUUCUGUGGCCCUCCUGAGAAGAGUCAUGCAAAGCUGGUGUUCGUGUCCACUUCUGGGGGCAGCCUGUGGAAUCUGCAAGCCAUCCAGUCCAUGUGUCGCAUAGAACAGGAGCAGAUCCGCUCUCAUAUCAGCUUUGGGGCUCUGUGCCAGAGGUCGGCAGCCAAUGAGUGCUGUCCCAGCUGGUCCCUGGGCAACUAUCUGGCUGUGCUGUCCAACCGCUCCUCCUGCCUGGACACUACCCAAGCUGAUGCAGACCGCACACUGGCCCUGCUUCGGUUCUGUGCCCCCUACUACCAUCGUGGUGUCUUGGUACCCGCUUGUGUGGGAUCUGGGCAGGGCAAGCCCCCAUAUUGUGCCCAGGUUCCCACCAAGUGCACCCGGAGUAGCGCAGUCUAUCAGCUCCUCCACUAUCUGCUAGACAGAGAUUUUCUGAGUCCCCAAACCGCUGACUACCAGGUACCCUCCCUCAAGUUCGGCUUGCUCUUCCUGCCCAUUAUUAAGACUGCCUCCAUGCUAGACAUAUACCUGGAUGGCCUAGUUGACCCAAUUAAGGUCUCUGACAACUAUACGUCUAUCAGUGGCAUGGACUUGGGCCUCAAGCCGAGAUUGCUGAAGUACUACCUGGCCGAGGAUACGAUGUACCCCUUGAUGGCCCUGGUUACCAUCUUCUUCGGCAUGUCCCUCUACCUCCGCUCCCUCUUCAUCACAUUCAUGGCGUUGCUGGGGGUGCUUGGCUCCCUAAUGGUGGCCUUCUUUCUUUACCAUGUGGCCUUCCGCAUGACCUACUUCCCCUUUGUCAAUCUAGCAGCCCUCCUUCUGCUUAGUGGCGUCUGUGUCAAUCACACCCUUAUCUUCUUCGACCUGUGGCGCCUCAGCAGGAGCCAGGUGCCCUCUGGGGGGCUAGCGCACCGGGUGGGCCGCACCAUGCACCACUUUGGCUACCUGUUGCUGGUCUCGGGCCUCACCACCGGGGCGGCCUACUAUGGCAGCUACCUUAGCCGCCUGCCGACCGUGCGCUGCUUCGCUCUUUUCACCGGCACGGCUGUGCUAGUGCACACUGGGCUCACGCUGGUCUGGCUGCCCGCCUGCGCAGUGAUCCAGGAGCGCUACCUGGCCCGCGGCUGUGUUCCCCGGGCCCCGGGCCAGAGGGGCGUCAGCGACCCCUGGCGGCUAUUGCUGGCGUUGCACCGGAAGAUCCGCGGCCUUCGGAGGAUUAUUGCCAUCCUCUCGCGCCUGCUCUUCCAGCGCUUGCUGCCCUGCGGCGUCAUUAAGUUUCGGUACAUCUGGAUCUGCUGGUUCGCGGCGUUGGCGGCAGGGGGCGCCUACAUCGGCGGCGUCAGCCCCCGCCUGCAGCUGCCCAUCCUGCUCCCUCUUGGAGGCCAGGUCUUCCGGUCUAGCCACCCCUUUGAGCGCUUUGAUGCCGAGUACCGCCAGCAGUUCCUGUUCGAGGAUCUGCUUCCAAAUGAGGGCGGCAACUUGCCAGUGGUUCUGGUGUGGGGAGUCCUGCCAGUGGACACUAGUGAUCCCUUGGACCCUCGCACCAACAGCUCAGUGGUGAGUGAUCCUGACUUCUCAGCCAGCAGCCCCGAGGCCCAAGAGUGGCUCCUGACUCUCUGCCAUGGAGCUCGGAAUCAGAGCUUCUUUGGCCCCCAGCCAGAGGGUUGGCCCACACUGUGCUUCGUGGAAGCCCUCCAGCAAUGGAUGGAGAGCCCCAGCUGUUCCCGCCUCGGUGCUGACAUAUGUUGUGGCCAGUCAGACUUUCCCUGGGCCCCCCAGCUUUACCUGCACUGCCUCAAGAUGAUGGCUCUGGAGCAAAGCCCUGAUGGUACCCGCGACCUGGGACUCCGCUUUGAUGCCCAUGGCAACCUGGCUGCCCUCGUCCUGCAGUUUCAGACCAACUUCCAGUACAGUCUAGAGUACGGCCCGGUCCACCACUUCUACACUGAGAUCAGCCGCUGGCUGACAACCGAGAUGGGCAAGGCGCCUCCAGGCCUCGGCAAGGGUUGGUUCACCAGCACCCUGGAGCUGUACAGCCUGCAGCACAGCCUGAGCACCGAACCUGCUGUGGUCCUGGGACUGGCUCUGGCAUUGGCCUUUGCCACACUGCUGCUGGGCACCUGGAACGUCCCCCUCAGCCUGUUCUCUGUCGCAGCUGUGGCUGGCACCGUCCUGCUCACCGUGGGAUUGCUGGUCUUACUUGAGUGGCAGCUCAACACUGCUGAGUCACUCUUUCUCGCUGCCUCUGUGGGCCUCUCUGUAGACCUUACCAUCAACUACUGCAUCUCCUAUCACUUGUGCCCACACCCUGACCGCCUGAGCCGCGUGGCCUUCUCGCUGCGCCAGACCAGCCGAGCCACAGCUAUGGCGACUGCAGCUCUGUUUGCCUCUGGUGUACUCAUGCUGCCUUCCACAGUGCUGCUCUAUCGCAAGCUGGGCAUCAUCAUCAUGAUGGUCAAGUUUGUCGGCUGUGGCUUUGCCAGCUUCUUCUUCCAAUCGCUGUGCUGUUUCUUUGGGCCAGAGAAGAACUGUGGACAGAUCCUGUGGCCCUGUGCCCACCUGCCAUGGGAUGCUGGAACAGAGGAGCCUGAUGAGGAGAAGGGACGCCCUGGGGGCCCUGGGUCCUGCUCAGAACAUUAUGAGCUGCAGCCCCUUGCACGCCGCCGCAGCCCCAGCUUUGACACCAGCACCGCCACCAGCAAGCUGUCCCACCGGCCUUCCAUACUCUCUGAAGAUCUUCAACUGCAUGAUGGCAGCUGCUGCCACCGGCACGCACAAGCCCCAGCCUCCCCUCGGGAUCUGCUUCUGGACCAUCAGGCAGUCUUCAGCCAGUGCCCGGCCCUGCAGACCUCCUCCCCGUAUAAGCAGGCUGGCUCCAACCCCCAAACCUGGAUCAGGCAGGACCCUCAGGGUCAGAAAGCUGAGCCCCUGCAGGCCUUGCCAGAGGCCCCAAUCCACCUCCCUAAAUCCAAAGUAGAAGAGUUCCCAGAUGGUCUCUGCUCCUCAGGCAGCACCCUAGAUGGACUCAGCGUCUCUGAUGACACCUGUGCCUCUGAUCCCAGUGCCCAUGUGCCAGAUUCUGUGGGAACCUCCCCAGAAGGCCAGAAUAACACUGGACACCCAGUUCUUGAGCGUGGCCAGCUGAAUGGGAAGCGCGACACCCUGUGGCUGGCACUGAAGGAGACCAUCUAUGACCCAACCCUGCCCAACUCCCACCACAGCAGCUUAUCCUGGAAAGGCCGCGGAGGGCCAGGGGAUAUCAGCCCUGUGGUACUCCCUAACAGCCAGCCAGAUCUGCCAGAUGUUUGGCUCCGUAGGCCCAGCACCUACACCUCUGGCUACAGCAGUUGAGGGAGGCCAAGACAGGCCAGUCCAGGGUGCAGAACCCUGUUGGUGAAGAUAAGACAGGGGCAGCACUAGCCUGAAGGUAUUUCUCCAAAUUGAUAUGUCUUACCCUCCAGCUAUGGAUUUCAAACCCUGCCAGAUGUUCUAGCCUUGAUCUCUCUGCUACUUACCCCUGCAUCUGGAGGAUUCAAUGGGAGGGGCUUGCCAGGUAAUACCAGGCUCUCCCUGUGACCAGCUAAGGGCUCAUCUGCCCCACAGUGCCAAUAAGAAUCCCUCUUCUGGAAAGUGGGGAGGCCAAAUGUGCAGCUCUAGGCACGCAGGAGAGGCUGACCAACCCUCUCCCAGGUGGCAAGAAGUUCAGUGACACUAAGGUACCCCAUCUUGGAGAUCCUAUUGGGGUAGCUUACUGACCAGAAAAGCCCUCAAGAACCUCCACAGCCUCCUAACCCACCCUCCCCCCCCCAACUCCAUUGGCUCUUCAGAACACUUUUUGCUCUUUGGGAGACUUCUCUGAGCCAGAAUUGAGCUGAGGUCUCCAUCCUGCACUGCCCUGCCCUUCUCACAUUCACUAGUGUGACCAGAAACUGUCCAAGGCAAGCAGAGAUAGCUGCUGAGAGAGAAACAGGAGGAGGCAGGAAGAUCGGCCUUGGAGCAUCCCUAAAUGACGAUCCCUCACAGGAAGCCAGCUCCAGUAUGCUCCCCUGUUAAUGAACAAUCAUCAUCCCUUUCCAUCUCUGCACCUGUAAGUCUCCUUGGACCUCACUACAGAAUGACCUGCAGUUGGUCACGUUCUUUUACCCCACUUUGCAGGUAAAGACAUUGAGACUACGUAAGGUUGAUUAUUUAUCCAAAGUCAUGUCACUGGUUAGUGGCAGAUUACUUUCCUGACUCAUUCUACCACAAUUCCCAGUCUCCUCCUGGCUACCUGCUUCAGGGCCAUUGGCCCCUGGCUGUCUUAACCCUUUGCUUCUGGCACUUACCCAGUCUCCCUUCUUGAGUGUCUCUGUGUAAACCCUGCCUUCCCUUUGGGCCUCCAUCCCCAGAAUAAGCUGUACUCUGAGCAGACCUCGGAGUCCUUCCUUGUUUCCCCUUUGCUCCCCUCUGGAAUCCUUUGAGAUGCUGAUUAGCAAUUUGGCCUCCCAGAUCAUGGCUGAUCUUACUCUUAGGCUUCAAGGGCAUGCCUCUUCCAUGGUUGCAGAAUACAAAGAGGCUUUGCCAGGAGAGGUACUGAGGAACAGAAGAGGUUGAACAGAAUCUAGUUAAGACAGAAACUCAGACCUGUUCUUUGGGGGGAAUGUGUGCAUCUGGUCUCUGCCAGGUCCUCAGUUUUUAAAGGAAAUGUCUCUGGAGGAGAGAGGGAAAUCUACAAACCAAAGCCUGGUUCUCCCUCUCCAAAGCAAAGAACCUGUCCUGAGGUUUCAUCCAAAGUGAUAGUUCAUGAUAUUAGGUAGCACCAACAAAUUUGCUGAACACCUGCUUUGUAGAUGGUAUUACAAGGACAGAAGUGUGAAAAUCAAGCCUUCUGGCCAGGGAAGCAGCUUGCAUACACAGGCAGCCUUCAGUGGGUCGCUCUCAUUAUUACUGGAGCCCAAGUACCCAGGGUGAGGCAACCAGGAAGGGUUGAUUGGAAAGGAAUGACUUGAGCUGAGCUACAGAAGAAGAAUCCUUCUUUCAAAGGACUCCUGUGUGCAAACCCAGCAUGUACAACAGAUAAACAUGUAGCUACUCCAAAGCAUGAGUUGGGGGUGCAGCCAGCUCAGUUUCCUUUUCUAGUGCAGCUGUCCAGGGGCCUCCAGGUUCCUGGCAGAUCUGUAAGACAUGACAUGAAGACCACCAGUCUAGGCAGUUUUACUUAUAAAUAUCAGAAAAGUGAAAAGAGUUUUCAGGGCCAAUCAAUCUGUGGCAAAGCUAGAGGCAAGUCAGAGGGCAUUUCUGUUUUAUUUUGUUGUGUUCUCCUGUUAUUGAGACCUACCUCCCCCAUCAACUAGCCAAGGACAAGUGGAACAGAAACCCAAAUAAGAACAUAAGAAUGUGGAAAAGACAGAAGACAGUUAGUUGUCCCUCAGUAUCUAUGGAGAACUGGUUCCAGCCGCCAAGUCCCCACCCCAGGAUGCCAAAAUCCGAGGCUGCUCCAGUCCUUUGUGUAAAAUGGUGUAGUAUUUGCAUAUAACAGAUGCAUAUUCUCUCGUAUAUUUAUCGUCUCUAGAUUACUUAUAAUACCCAAUAUGAUGUAAAUGCUAUGUUAGUUGUUACUUGUGUUGUUGUAAUAAUGACAAGAAAAAAUA